AUGCCUCACCGGAGCCCGGCGUUGCCCGCUCCCACGCGCCCGGGAUCCCACCGAUCCCUAACCCGGGCCCACGCCCGGGUCACCCAGACCACCACGGGCUGGCGCCGCGCUUCCACUAGCACACCCGGCUCUCGCCACCUGCGCCCGCGGCGCCCGCGGGGCCCGCGCGCCCUUGGCCCUGCCGCCCCGAGAUCCUCUGAGUGCCCCUCGCCCCCGCGGGAUAGCCCACCUGCUCCUACUGAGCUGCGCACCCGGACCCCGGCCCGGCCCCGGGCGCCUCCGACGGCCCCGCGCCGGCCGCUUGUGCCCCGCGUCCCCGCCGCCGCUGCUGCUAUCGCCGCGGCCCCGGGCCCAGCCCCACGCUCCCUCGCCUCCCCGGCGGGCGGGCGAGCUCUGCAGAGCGGCCGCGGCGGCGGCGCCUCAUUACCAUAG